AUGCUAGAAAAGGGGGCUUUAGACAAGAGGUUAGAAAAGCUGUAUAUGGACUACAUAGAGAUAGAAAAGAUCUUGAAGAGGCUGAGAGACAUAAAGAAGCAAUGCUCGUACAGAAGUACGGUUAUCAAACCGAAGAUAAAGGGGACUGGUUCUUUAUUCGUUGAUGCGGACAUGAAGCUGGAUGAGGACUUCCAGAAGGCAACAAAGAACUGCAUGAGGUUUGACCUCAACGAUCCUUUCUGGAAAGAGAUAUCUAUAAGAUUCAACAUUCCAAGGAAUGAAUGCUUCAACAGAUGGAUUAACAAAGUAGAGGAUUUUGAUAAGAAGCUUUGCAAGAGUGACAUGGAUACGGUUAAACAUAUGAGUGACGAGGGGAAGGACUGGAUUCAAAUAGCCAAGGAAAUGGGAUGUAAGCCAUUAAAAGUGUUUGCAGAGUAUCUUCGGUUGAAUAGCAUAUCUACACCGAAGAUGUGGAGUUUGGAGGAGGAUAGGCUCCUAGAGAAAGGCGUAGAGAAGUACGGGCUCUCGAAGUGGAGAUAUGUGUCGAAAAUAGUUGGUACAAGAACAGGAAAGGAAUGUGCUAUGAGGUUUUAUUUCCUCAACAAGAAUGUCCAAAAAGGAAAAUGGACUAAAGAUGAGAAGGAAAGACUCUUUGAGGGAGUGGAGAUAUAUGGAGAGGGGGAUUGGCGGGGCGUAAGCACGCAUGUGAUGACAAGGAAUCCUAUCCAAUGCAGAUCCAAAUACGUAGCUGAAACAAGAAAGAUAAAUAAAUAG